GGCCUGAGUGGGACAUCUUCAUAAAUCCACCAUCUUUGAUGCUCUUCCACCCGGAAAUAAGCAGCAUUUUUAAAGAUGGCUGAGCAAGGGCCAAUGGCGAUAGCUAUGCGGCUAAGAAAUCAAUUCCAGUCCGUAUAUAAGCUCGACCCUUUACGAAAUGAGGAGGAAGUCAAGUUGAAGAUCAAAGACCUGAACGAGCACAUAGUGUGCUAUCUCUGUGCUGGGUACUUCAUCGAUGCCACAACUAUUACAGAGUGUCUGCAUACAUUCUGUAAAAGUUGUAUUGUGAAAUACCUCCAAACCAGCAAGUAUUGUCCAAUGUGCAACAUAAAGAUCCACGAAACACAGCCUUUACUGAACCUGAAAUUGGAUAGAGUGAUGCAAGACAUUGUCUACAAACUGGUUCCAGGACUUCAAGAAAGUGAGGACAAGCGAAUAAAAGAAUUCUAUCAGUCGCGUGGGCUUGAGAGAGUUGUCCAACUCUCUGGAGAAGACUCCAUACCAGAUGCUACAGGAUUACCUUUCACCACCUUUGACCAUUCCAAGGCCCACUUUUACAGAUAUGACGAGCAGGUCUCGCUUUGUCUAGAGAGGCAAAGUUUAUCUCUGUCUGGAAAAAAAGAUAAGCCCAAACUGACUCUUCAGCAGAAGUUUGUGCGCUGCUCGGUCCGAGCCGAGGUGAGACACCUGCGUAAAGUGCUGUGUCAUCGACUGAAUGUGGAGAAGCACCAGGUCCAGAUGUUUUUCAAUAAUGAGUUCCUUCCAGAUCACAUGACCAUGAAAAGGCUGUGGCUCUCUCACUGGUUUGGCAAGGCUCAACCGUUGGUCCUUCACUACACGAUCAAGGACAAAAGGACAAGAUAGGAUUCCCCCCCCCUUUUUAAUGACCUCAGCAGCUGUAUAUAUUUUGUUUAAUAUAUAGUAUAUUUUAAUAGUGUUUGUGUACAUAUGCGUAUUUUCCUCUUUGUAUUUUUUUUCUAAAAUAAAUAGUGGACAAAUGUG